AUGAACCCCACAACCCCCAACAAACCCAUCCCCCCCAUCGAUCCAACCACCCCCUCCCCCUCCCAUCCCUCUCUCACCUCAUCCAGACCCUCCCCCUCAACACCCACAAAAUCCCGCACGCCAACACUGACCUACACGGAGCUCGAGUUGGCAUGCGAGAACUUGAGCAUCGGAUGGGAUGUUCAGAAGAAACAAAUUCUGGAGUUGAAGGAGCGGAAUGCGCGGCUGAGGGGGCUGCUUGGGAGGAAGGGGAGGGGGAGGGGGAGGAAGGGGGUUAGGUUUCGUAGUGGGAGGAAGAAGAAGGGGGAGAGGGAGGGGGUGGUGAAUGAUGAUGCUUGGGUGGAUGUUGAGGGAUCGCAGGAUCGGCCGGAAGCAACGACGACGACAACGACGGCGAGGCUUCUCGCCGAGAACGCAAGACUGCACCAUCUGCUCCUGCAGACCAUCAAAUUCCGGAAACGAUUCAUCCCUAUCCAAAACGCCCGCCACACUCGCCUCAUACCAGCCUUGAAAGCCAAACUCACCCACCUCACCCACCACACUACAGACCUCCAAGCCGAAGUCGCCCACCUCCAAACCUCCCACGCCGACCUCCUCGCCCAAACCACCGCCCUCCAGCAACAACUCCAAACCCUCUGGACAGAAGGCACCGCCCUGCAGCAGCACGCCACGCACCUGACGCAUGAGAACGAAACCCUGCACUCCACCAUCAGCGACCUGAACAACGACCUCGCCUUCGCCACCUCCUACGCCCAACAAGCGCAGUCCUGCGUCGAGCGCCUCGCGGCCGUGAACGGGGAGUUGGAAAUCGCGUUGGAGGGCCGGAUAUGCAAGCUCACGUCUGGACAGCCGGGUUGGUUGAUGAGGCAACUCGAUCUGCAGGAGAGGGAGAUGGGGGGACGGGUCGAGGAAGUUGGGGCUUCUUCGAGUUCCGGGUCGGGGGUGCUUGGUCGGAGAGGAGGAGGGCGUGGUGCUGCUGCGAGGAUGGAUCGAGGAAGACGGGAUCUUGCUGUGAUCGAAGGCCCUGACGACGAGGUCUGUGACUCCAGGUUUCGGAGCUUGAUCGCGAGUCUCAGCCGUGUCCUGCACAGACGACGCUUGCGCCAGGAACAAGCUCAUAUCAAUAUGAUGGGAGCGGUCUGGGUUGCGGUAUUCUGGAUGCUGUUUUCCGUAUUCUUGCUCGUGGUGUUGAGGUAG